AUGAUCAGCAGAGACGGCACCGAUGUCACGAUGAGGCGCGUUGGCAGUGAUGUCAACCAAGAAAGCGACGUAAAUUCACAGGUUAAUUCAUCCAUCCAUCCAUCUAUCCAUUUCAUCUAUCUAUCUGGUCUAUCCAUCUAUUUCACUCUGUUUAUUUCUUUCGAUCUAUCUAUCUAUCUAUCUAUCUAUCUAUCUAUCUAUCCAUCCAUUCAUCUACUUCUAUUUAUUCCCCAUCUAUCUAUCAUCCAUCUAUCUAUCUAUCUAUCUAUCUAUCUAUCACAGUCUUUUCUCGCUCAUUCCCUUUCUCAGUCUGUCCAUAUUCAUCGAUGUCUUCAUCUAUCUAUCGAUGUCUUCAUCUAUCUAUCUAUCCAUCUAUCUAUCCAUCCAUCUAUCUUCAUCCUGUUUAUUUCUUUCGAUCUAUCUAUCUAUCUAUCUAUCUAUCUAUCUAUCUAUCUAUCGAUCGAUCGAUCUAUCGAUCUAUAUAUAUCUCAGAGUCUGUUCACAUCUAUCUAUCUAUCUAUCUAUCUCAGAGACUUUUCUCACUUUCAGUCUGUUCAUAUCUAUCUAUCUGUGUCUACAUCUAUCCAUCUAGCUAGCUAG